CAAGCGCCAAAAUCUUGAAGCGGCAAACAAACACACACACACACACACACACACACACACACACACACACACACACACGCAGAUACGAGCCGAGCCGCCAGACACACACCACCACUGCCGCCAUCUCUCUGUCUCUGCGACUCACUGCACCACGACACCGCAGACAAGAACACCGGAGGAAGAAAGGUCGCUGGGGCCUUGUCUGAGAGAGCAUACUGUGCGUGAGGAGGACAGACAAGGGAAACACUACAGCCAGCAUUCAUCAUGGCUGAGGAGACAGCGAACAUGGACGCCCUCGACAUGGCCGAGAAGGGCCUGCUCAACCUCGAUGAGCUGGAUGAGGGACGCACGCGCAGCAGUCGACGUGACAAGCUCAAACAAAAGCGCGAUGCCACCCGUGCCGCCUUCAAGAUGGACAGGAACGCGCUGCUUGAUGAUGGCGACGACGAUCUGUACGACGAGGUCGACGACGACGCCUACGAGCAGCACCGGCGCCAGCAACUGCAGCACGCCGACUUCAUUGUCGACGACGGCGACGGCGACUACGGCGGCUACUAUGAUGAUGGCCGGGACAUCAUGGAAGACGAUGACGAGGUCUUCAACGCGCAGUACAGCAACGCCGCCCGCAAAGCGCGUCGCGGGCCCCGUGGCCCUACGGGUCCGCGCAAGAAGAAGGCGCCGAAGAAGGCAUCGCGGGCCGCCAACCUCUUCAGCAGCGGCAAGGGCGCACGCCUCGGCGCCGCCGUCGUCAAGAUGAGCCACGCGACACGGCCGCUUGGCGAGGACAAACUGCUGGCCGAAGUCAUGGGCGAGACGGGCAUGGAUGGCGAUGGCGAGGAUGACGAUGUGCUGCAGAUGCUCAAGGCCAGACGCAACGCAAAGAAGAACAAGUCACUGGCGCACAUUGCACUGCAUGGAAGCGUGGACGCGGCCCACGAUGUGUUCAUGAAAGGUGAACUGCCACACGACGACGAAGAUGACGACAACGACGAUGGUGCUGAUACCAAAAAGCGCUCCAAGCGUUCUGCCGCUGCAAAGACUACGCCUGCUGCUGCUGGUGGCAAGCCUGCGCCAAAGUCGCUCGAAGCCAUGGGAGAACCCCCACUGGACAUUGAUGACAUGAACGACAACAACGACGACGACGAUGAUGAUGAUGGUGUUGGUGGUGGCGGCGGAAUGGAUGCUGAGCCAAUGGAGUCACCUGAAGGACGCGCCAGCACACAGGAGUGGUCGUCAGCCACAACACCGUCGCCUUCGAAGAAGAACAGCAGCGCUGGUGCAGCGAAGCAGCCCGCACUCGCUGUUGUCGACAUCAACAUGGACGAGGAUGGCGAUGACGAUGAUGAUGAUGAUGAUGGUGAUGAUGAUGUGAUGCAGGACCAGGCUGCCAACUCAACGAAACCGAAAUCAAAAGGUGGGGACUACCUCAAGGUGUCGAAACCGAUGGAGAUUGAAGAGGAGGCAACCAAGCCGGCGUGGUCCUCAACGCCCGUCGACACACACAAGGACGUGAAGCUUGACCUGAAGGCGCCGCCACUCGACGACUAUGAGGGCGAGCAGGUGCUCCACUUCUACUGGCUCGACGCGUACGAGCUCCCCUUUGACAACAAGUCGGGUGCCGUGUACCUCUUUGGAAAAGUGUUUGUGGAGAGCGUAUCGGAGUACGUCAGCUGCUGCGUCACCGUGCGCGGGCUCGAGCGCAACUUGUUUGUUCUUCCGCGCGAAUUCAAAGUGGAUGCGCAGGGCAACGACACGACGGAGAAGGUCGAGAUGGGGGAUGUGUUUGAGGAGGUUGAUACGCUGCUCUCUCGUCGCGGUAUCUCCACGCGUCUCGCCAAACCUGUCGAGCGCAAUUACGCUUUUGAGGAGAAGGGCGUGCCGGCCAACGCCGAGUUUCUCAAGAUCAAGUACCCAGCAAGGCUCGGCUCAUCUCUGGUUGCUCACAUGCACAAUAACGUGCACACAACCACUCACACGCGCGCACCCUCACACGCGCCCGCUCACACACAUGCACGUGUACCCGCGCACACUCUUCCUGUUGCACACACGCGUGUUGAGAUUGACGAUCCAAAGCUGGUGUCAAAAGUCCAGGAUCCGCCAGAGGCACCGCCGCUCACUGUUCUCUCGCUCAGCAUGCAGACCCGCCACGACCGCAAGACGCACCAGAACGAGAUUCUGUCGCUUGUUGGGCUGGUGUGCUCCAAUGUGCAGCUGGAUGGCAAGACGGAGAACAUUGACAAGAACUUGAGUCAUUUCUCGCUCAUCCGCAAGCUCCAGGACCAGCCGUUUCCCUUUGACUUUGAGCCGACGAUUAUGCAGAAGAAGCGCGGCACGAAGCGGUUUCCAAACGAGCGUGCGCUGCUCAGUUUCUUCCUCACCCGCGUGUUCAACACCGACCCCGACGUGAUUGUUGGCCACAACCUCUUUGGCAUGGGCCUCGAUGUGCUCAUGCAUCGCCUCAAGCAGCACAACAUUCCCCAGUGGAGCCGCAUUGGGCGCCUCAAACGCAAACGCAUGCCAAACCUGCAGGCUGGCCUCGGCCACCGCAAGAAUCUCGCUGCCACCCGCGAUGCGCUGAGCGGGCGGCUGCUGCUCGAUGUGCAGCACAGCAGCCGCGAGCUCAUCCGGCAGGUCAGCUACGGGCUCACAGACCUUGUGCACAACCAGCUUGGCAUGAAACGCACUGAGAUUGAGCAAGAGCAGAUACCGCGCAUGUACGGCAACACGGCCGACCUCAUUCAGCUCGUCGACCACACGGAGCGCGACGCAUACUACAGUCUCCAGCUCAUGUUCAAGCUGCAGAUCCUGCCCCUCAUGAAGCAAAUCACAAACAUCACGGGUGGACUCAUGUCUCGAACACUCACACGCGGUCGCUCUGACCGAAACGAGUUUCUGCUGUGCCACGAGUUCCAUCGCCGCAAAUACAUUGUGCCCGAUGUGCCGGAGCGAAACAGCGGCAAGAACAAGAAGGACAGCGAUGAUGGCGGUGAUGGGAAAGAGAGCGCAAGCAGCCGCCGCAAACCGAAAUACGCCGGUGGCCUCGUCCUGGAGCCAAAGAGGGGCUUCUACGACAACUAUAUUCUGCUGCUCGACUUCAACUCGCUGUAUCCGAGCAUCAUCCAGGAGUACAACCUCUGUUUCACGACAGUCAAGCGCGAUCACCUCUCCGACGACAUGGAGGACUCCUUCGCAGAGAUUCCGGACGAAACGGCCGACAAGGGCAUUUUGCCUCGCAUUCUGAAGACCCUGAUUGCAAAGCGUAAACAGGUGAAAGCGCUGAUCAAGGCAGAGACAAAUCCCGCGCGCUUGGCGGAAUACGACAUUCGCCAGAAGGCUUUGAAGUUGACCGCCAACAGCAUGUACGGCUGUCUCGGUUUCGUCGGAUCAAGGUUCUAUGCGAAGCCAAUUGCGGAGCUGAUCACAACAAAGGGGCGUGAAAUCCUGCAGAACACCGUGGAUCUUGCCCAGAACAAGAUGAACCUUGAUGUCAUCUAUGGUGACACAGAUUCCAUCAUGAUCAACACGCGCUCGCGCGACUACAAGGAAACGAGGCAGAUUGGCCACAGGGUGAAGAAGGAGGUGAAUGCGCUGUACCGCGAGCUUGAGAUUGACAUUGACGGUGUGUACAAGACGAUGCUGCUGCUGAAGAAGAAGAAGUAUGCAGCUCUUACCAUCGUCGAGAACAAGGAUGGUACCUUCCGCACGGAACGCGAGACAAAAGGUCUCGAUAUUGUCCGUCGUGACUGGUGCGGUCUGGCACAUCGCAUCGGUAACAUCAUUCUCAACAAGAUUCUGACACAAGAGCAAGGACAGCGCGACAAACUUGUGGAGGAAUGCCAUGAGGAGCUGCACAAGGUCGGAGAGAGCGCGCGUGAGGGCACGAUCCCGCUUGAGGAAUACAUCAUCCACAAGUCGCUUACAAAAGACCCGAACCAGUACCCAGACGCAAAGAACCAACCGCACGUGCAGGUUGCACUGCGCAUGCGCGCCAACGGCAAGAGCAUUAAGCAGCACGACACCAUCCCUUACAUCAUCUGCAACGACGGAUCUGAGCUUCCUGCAACACAACGCGCGUACCACCCGGACGACGUGCGCAAGAAGGACAACUUGCAGGUGGAUGUUGACUACUAUCUCAAGUCACAAGUGCAUCCUGUUGUCAGCCGCAUGCUUGAACCAAUCGAGGGAACCGACAACGCACAGGUUGCCGAGUGUCUUGGUUUGGACGCGUCCUCCUUCCGCCGUCAAUACGAGGCAACGGAUUUGGACGAUGACAUGUCGUUCUCGCUGUCAACGCAAUUGACGGACGAGGAGCGCUUCAAGACGGCGUCACCGCUCACGGUCGUGUGCAGACAGUGCAACCACGAGUCCACGUUUGCUGGGGUGUUCCGGCUGUCGGAGCAAGGCGACGUGCGUCUUGGACUUCAGUGCGCCAACGCGGGCUGCACCGCCAUGUAUCCCGUCAACUAUCUCAAGAACAGGGUGUCUCUCGAGGCGCGCAAGGCAAUCCACGAAUACUACACGUGCAAACUCGUCUGCUCCGAGCCUGAGUGUCCGCGUCACACGCAGGGGACGCACCAGCUCUCUGUGAAUGGCGCCCGCUGUCUUGAGAAGCGCUGUCAGGGAACAAUGCGCAAACUCUACUCAGAACGCAUGCUCUACACGCAACUCUCCUUCUUUGCCCACCUCUUCAAUGUUCCACACGCCGUGCAGCAGCUUCCCGAGGAACUGCAGCGAAUUGGACAGCAAACGGCCGACCAGUACCGCUCGCAGUACCAAGACGCCUUUGUGCACGCCGAGGCACUGCUGAACAAGAGUGCGCGCCGGUUUGUGCAUUUGGGACAGCUCUUUGGCGCCAUUAAGCUCUCCUUCUGAUGGUGCAAUGACCAAACAACCAUACAUACACAGCUGUGGUGCACAUGUGUGUUCAAAGUAUCAUUGCUCUUCAUUUCAUGUCAGUAGUUGAUCUCUUUCUUUUGCUUCACCAUCUUCCCUGCCCAUUCCUUCAUGCUUCUUUUCUCUGGUAAUGAACCGAUUCGUGUCACGUGCAAAAGAAGAGCCAUAGCAUAGUCAACACCACCACCGC